CGAUGCCCUGCGGUACGCCUCGGCCUUGUGAGCUAGAUGCGUAUUAUAGGUCGUCCAUCUACCUCCAGUCCUCAUCCCCUCCUUUCUCCCAGUCUACUACCGCACCUCGUUCCUCUCAGUGCGUCAGCCAGUCCCUCUUAAGGCAGCCUGGUUCCCUGAGUAUCUAAACCCUCUCUCAGUGCACAACAGAAGCUUGGUGUGUUCUUCAAGUGUGUAUUGACGUUUCGUGAUGUGUUUCUCUACUGUUCGUUGGGUCCGCAUUUUGAAACACUCCGGCCUCUCGCAAGUGACCUUGGGAGGGUCACACCGCCACCGCCACCGCCUGCAGCACCCGCCGGUCGUCACAGUUAUGAAUACGCUCUGGGUCUUGGUCUUGAUGGUGUUGCUGGCGUGCCUGGCCGCAGCAGACCCGGAGGCAGCCAGGGGCGGGGUCCACUUCAAAAACAGACCCUCGCAGCUCAACAGACGCAAGUCCCGAGCCAAGAAAACCCCCCCCAACCCUGUCUUCAGGAGGCAGCACUACCAGCCUUACUACAUGUCCUACCAGGCGCCUUAUGACCCUACUGGCCACGGGGACCCCCACUUCUCCUACUUCCAGGGUAGGUGAGUGAUGCUGGAAUCCUGUGUCACUACCACAUCAUCAUCUAGAAAGACGAGGGAAACUACACCACUCCUACAUCUCUAGAAAAAUGACAGAAUGCAGCAGUACCACAUCUUCAUCUUGAAAAAUAAGGGAUGCUGCAUCAUUUCUACAGCAUCUCCAUCUUCUAGAAAAAUAAGGGAUGCUGCAUUACCACAUCAUCUAGAUAAAUGAGGGAAGCUGCACUGCCACCCUUGUAAUCUACUGAGACCUCUUAAUACCUCACUUUUAACCAAUCACAUGUAACUUUUCUAUAAACCUCAGCUUCUAGUCUGGUGUAGAAUGCAUUGGUCCACUGGUUUGCUGCAUCACUACUACCAAACCUACAUCUUGUCUCCAGAAAGAUGAAGGAAGCUGCACCACCACCCUAGUAAUAAGACUUCUAGAUACCUCACACUAACCAGUCACAUAUAACCUUUCUGUUUAGCUUCUAGUCCUGUGUCGAGUGCAUUGGUCCAUGUCACAUACUGCUAUCCUUGAGCCUCAUAGUUGAAUAUAUAAGGGUGAUAUGUCUUUAAUUGAAGACUGCUUGAGGAUUUAUAUCUAACUACAACACUUGGUUCUUGAGUCGGCCAGAGCUCUCAUAGAACUCUGAAAUAGAGAUUGGGAUGAGCCUUGAACCUGCAGCUCUGGCACUGAUGAUAUGACCCUCCUCCCUUCUGGUACUGUACGCAUGUUUAGGAAAGGUGGAAGGGCUGUAUACUAAGGUGUCAUAGUUGGCAGAAGUUAAGGGAGUGAUGAGGACCUGGAGAUGGUGUAUGGGGGAAGACGUGAGAGAUGAGUCAGGGAAGGUGUUGGGAGGACCUGGAGAUGGUGUAUGGGAGAAAACAUUGGGGAGAUGAGUGUCAGGGAAGGUAUUAGGAGGACCUGAAGAGGGUGUAUGAAGACAAGAAAAGAAUGAACAUGAAGGAAAAUAUUGUCUGUGACCACAAAAAGUUCUUCAUAAGUUGUCUGACUGUGUAAGGGAAAAUAUGAGUGUUGAAUGGAGUGCCGGUGAUGAUGAUUCCUUAAAAUAGCAGGUGGUGGAAGAAAUGGAGUUUGUAUAAUAAUAAGUUUACUGACUCUUUUUGAAUAGACAUAACAUUCACCUGUACACACUUGACCUCCUUAUCUUGUAAGAAAGUGAUCCUGUUUACACAAUAUUGGUUCCUACUUAGUUCCAUGUGGAUUGAUUUUAUUUUAUUAUCAAACUACACUUGACACUGUGUAAAAAAUAUAAAUACAAAUUCUGCUUCUCUAAAUAUCACAAAGUUAAAUUAACUUCUUCAUGCAUGGCUGGGAGAACAAGAGUCAGGAAUGCCAAAUGAUCUGAAACCUGGACACCUCAGAUAACCGAUCAACACGUAGCACACACUAAAAGAUUCCACUUGUAUUACUGGACACCGACAGCAAGAAUGGAAAACUUACUGGCAAAAACAAAGAUAGUACCGAAAGAGGACCAAAGAUGACUCCAAAACACAUGAACAAAAACACCCUCCUGCUGGUGACGUGGCAAGACCUCCAGCAACACCACGAUGGACUGGCUGGAGUAACACCGAGUAACACCUCCGCUGCUGUCACCUUCACGUGACGCACUAGAUAAGCUCAGUCCUAAUGUAGUACAGUACACCAGAAUAAAAUAAUCAAGCAUUCAUCAA